GUCCUUUGCCUGGCUUCUAAGCAGUCCUCUCUUUUACGGCCUUAUCAAGAAAUGGUGAGUUUUUCGUAAACCUUGGGUGAAAAUCCGUUUCCAUCUCGUAGCAGAAUGACUGAUAUUUAAAUCUAAUUCGAUUUAAUUAAAGAAUAAUGUUAUUUCGUUCGAUUUGUGGUGUAAUGUUGUGGUACGAUGGCUUGAAAAGAUUUUAAAAUGGUCAAAAGUGGCAGGGGAGGUUACGGAGUCUUCACAACCUGAAAAUAAUGUGAGGGAACUCAUAAAAACCCUUGCAACUUGUGUUUUCGUGGUGAAAUGGCUAUGAAUUUUCUUUGUAGAGGCGUAACCGUCCAGCUUACGUUCGUGUAUGAUACUAUGCGUGUUGAUUUUUGCCAACAGCUUGACGUGCUGCAGAGGAAAAAUAGGAUCUAUGGCACAUGUCUAAUGUUUUAGAUGUUUUUGUAAGCGUCCUAUUAUACCUAGCGUUUUUUCGCCUGCCAUUCCUCCCCAACAAAUGUCUGAUGAACUUCUUAAUAAUAUCACCAAAGCCACCAUGUAAUGUAGUCAUCUCGGGACUCUAAUUUGUAUUUCAGACUAAGGGAACAUCAAGUUUUGGUAAGCGCCAUAACAAGACACACACUCUGUGUGUGCGCUGUGGACGGUCAGCAUACCACAUCCAGAAAAAAAGAUGUGCAUCCUGUGGAUACCCACGCUCUAGAACCAGGAAAUGUAAUUACUGUUUUUUUGAUGUGUUCUUACAUUAGUAAGUGAUUUAUGUUGAGGUCACCAACUGUCGGCCGACAGUCACCUCACAGUCGGCCGACAGUUGGCGGAAAAACUUCACAUAAGACAGCAAACGACAGUCUACCCACUGUGGGCCAACAGUCAGCUAACAGUUUUUGGAGGAGCUGUUCUCCACUUUUUCCACUUUAGCUAGUGCAGUGAAGAGAAUACAUGUGCUUGUAGUUAGUUAUGAAUUAGUUGUACAUGUAAUUUUUUCUGGCAUCCACUUUCAGUUUGAUCUUCCUUUUGCUUCCAUGUAUAUGUAGUAUUUGUGUAUUAUUGUCAAAUCUUAUUCAAUUUUGCCUGUACAUUUGCAGUUCAUCAUGAAAAAAAGCUUUUUAAGGUCUCUGUUGAACACCUAUUUGAUAACCUUGAGUCUGGAAAAAGAAAUUAUUGUUUUGGAAAAAAUCUCAAAAAUUGUAGGUCCCAAAAUCUGUACGAACCCUGUAGAACAGACAAGCAACCAACCGUAUGUACUGCAAACCAAGGAAGCAGAAGUAUUUCUUGUGUUUGACUGCAUAGUACGGUGACAAGAAAUGUGAUGCUAAAUGUUUGAAGUAUAGCUUGUAAAAUAUGUGAAGCUCAGCCACAUUUUUGAAUCAGAAGCUUAAUGUGCUUUGGAAUGUCAGACAUAGGCUGAUAGUAAGAUUCCUUUCUGUCCAGGUAACUGCUUAACAAUAAGCUUUAAAAUCUUCAAUGGUCUUUGGGAAUCUCUGUUGAAAUCCUUAGUAACUCCCAGGAUUUUAUUUUAAACAGAAAGAGUAAGUGUUUGAGAAAAAAACCUGUCUAAAUUCAUCAUGGGCAAGAUGAAAUCUGAUAUGCUUUUUUGUUGUUGUUUUCAGUCAACUGGAGUGUUAAGGCAAACCGCAGGAAGACAACAGGGACUGGCCGCAUGCGACACUUGAAGAUUGUCUACCGCCGUUUCAAGAACGGAUUCCAGGAGGGAAGUCAGGCCAAAUCUCAGAAGAGAAAGGGUGGUGCUGCUGCCACUUCUAGUGCCGCAAGCCAGUGAACAAUUCCAGCAACAUGUACAUGUAAUAAAAAUUGUUUCUAACAACNGCUGUUCUCCACUUUUUCCACUUUAGCUAGUGCAGUGAAGAGAAUACAUGUGCUUGUAGUUAGUUAUGAAUUAGUUGUACAUGUAAUUUUUUCUGGCAUCCACUUUCAGUUUGAUCUUCCUUUUGCUUCCAUGUAUAUGUAGUAUUUGUGUAUUAUUGUCAAAUCUUAUUCAAUUUUGCCUGUACAUUUGCAGUUCAUCAUGAAAAAAAGCUUUUUAAGGUCUCUGUUGAACACCUAUUUGAUAACCUUGAGUCUGGAAAAAGAAAUUAUUGUUUUGGAAAAAAUCUCAAAAAUUGUAGGUCCCAAAAUCUGUACGAACCCUGUAGAACAGACAAACAACAAACCGUAUGUACUGCAAACCAAGGAAGUAGAAGUAUUUCUUGUGCUUGACUGCAUAGUACAGUGACAAGAAAUGUGACGCUAAGUGUUUGAAGUAUAGCUUGCAAAAUAUGUGAAGCUCAGCCACAUUUUGAAUCAGAAGCUUAAUGUGCUUUGGAAUGCCGGACAUAGGCUGAUAGUAAGAUUCCUUUCUGCCUAGGUAACUGCUUACCAAUUAAGGUUUAAAAUCUUCAAUGGUCUUUGGGAAUCCCUACUGGAAUCCUUAGUAAUUCCCAUGAUUUUAUUUUAAACAGAAAUAGUAAGUGUUUGAGAAAAAAAAACCUGUCUAAAUUAAUCAUGGGAAAGAUGAAAUCUGAUAUGCUUUUUUGUUGUUUGGUUUUCAGUUAACUGGAGUGUUAAGGCAAACCGCAGGAAGACGACAGGGACUGGCCGCAUGCGACACUUGAAGAUUGUCUACCGCCGUUUCAAGAACGGAUUCCAGGAGGGGAGUCAGGCCAAAUCUCAGAAGAGAAAGGGUGGUGCUGCUGCCACUUCUAGUGCCGCAAGCCAGUGA